AUGACAAACGGCCAUUGUGACAAAAUUCUUGGGGAAAGACUAAACCGACGAUUUCGAGGCCCGAAAUUUAUUCAUGAGCCUCCAGAAAUCAUCGAAUUUUCAAACUCUACAGGAACAGUCAUUACAUGCAGUGCACAAGGCGUACCAGAGCCAACGAUGAGGUGGGAAAGAAGAGAUGGAUCUGUAGUUACGACAAUCCCUGGAAUACGCCAAGUUCGUCCAGACAACUCCCUUGUGUUUUUUCCUAUUGACACAAACAAAUACCGCCAAGAUGUUCAUUCCACUGUGUAUAGGUGCAUUGCAACGAACAAAGCAGGAACUAUUAGAAGCAGGGAUAUCACAAUAAAAACAGUUCUUCAAACAACGUACGAAGCUCAAGUUUACGAUCAUUUUGUGAUACGAGGUAGCACAGCUAUUCUGCAUUGUUAUAGUCCUCCAGCAGUAAAGCCUUACAUAAAAGUCAUGCUCUGGUUGAGAGACGAUGGAGUAACCAUUGGCUCACCAGGAACUAUUGGUGAUAAAUAUACAAUACUGCCUACUGGAGAACUAAUAAUAAAAAAUGUUGGACCAUCCGAUUCUACAAUAGGGUAUCAGUGUCAAGUUCAUCAUCGAUUGAUUGGAGAAAGUAAGCUGAGUGUCACACCUGGAAAACUAAUCAUCAGAGAACCACAUGCACCAAUUCCUCCUACAAUAUCGGAGCCAAGACCAGUACUUAUUCAUGCACGCGAAUCUGAAAAAGUUUUUCUACCAUGCAUAGGUCAAGGGUAUCCGGAACCGUCAUAUAGAUGGGGUCGCCGUGACGGAGACAGAAUUUCUUCAUUCCAUCAUGGUGACAGACUUCUGCACAAGGAUGGUAUCCUCAUCAUUCAACACGCUGCUAUUCAAGAUACUGGAGUAUAUGUUUGCGAACUAAACAACUCAGUUGGCCAAGACAAAUCAGAAACAAAACUACUCGUCUCAGCACCAUUGUCAGCCAAAAUUGAUCCUGAGUCACAGACUCUAGACGUCGGAAAGAUGGCUACAUUGAGUUGUCGUGUAAUGGGACAUCCAGUGCACUCUGUUCUGUGGCUAAAAAAUGGGCGCACUUUAGUGACCGGCGGUUCCGUAAACCUUGUCUCACGGGACAUUUUACAGAUCAAUCCAGUCAGAAGAGAAGAUUCCGCUAUGUAUCAGUGCUUUGUUAGCAACGACCAAGAAUCCGUUCAAGGAUCAGCUGAUCUAUUUGUUACAGAGGAUGCUCCUACAUUUAUUUUUACAUUUCCGGAGCUAGCCACUCAUCCGGGAUCAUCCAUCUCCCUAAAAUGUUCAGCUUCUGGUAAUCCUCUCCCACAGAUCACGUGGCUGGUUGACGGAUAUUCUAUUCCCGAAGCGUAUCACAUCCGAGUGGGAGACUACGUCAGUGACGAGCGAACUGUCAAUAGUUACGUCAAUAUCACCAGCGUGACCGUGGAGGAUGGUGGAACAUAUCACUGCAUCGCUCAGAAUGGUGUUCGCAUGAUUGACCACGCUGCAAGACUCAACAUCUUCGGACCCCCAUAUAUCAGACCUAUGAAAAAUAUCACCGCUCUGGAGGGACAAUUUAUGGCGGUGCACUGCCCGGUUUCGGGGUAUCCCAUUGCCAAAGUUUAUUGGGAAAGAGAUGGUCGGCCACUUCCCCACAAUCAUCGACAGAAAACUUUUCCUAACGGUUCACUAAUCAUUGAAGAUUUGCAGAGAACAAAUGAUGGUGGAAUUUACCAAUGUGUAGCGGAAAACAACAGGAGUAGAACAGCAAGGCGGGAUGUCUCUCUUAAUAUAAUGGCACCUCCAGUAGUUGAACCGUUCUUUUUUGCAACUGGUUUGUCUGAAGGGAAACGAGCAACUGUCACAUGUGUCGUUGCAUCAGGUGACCUCCCGAUUCGAAUUUCUUGGUUAAAGGAUGGAAGCCCAAUACCUGACAUCCUUCGUGGAUCUAUUAGCACCGUAAAUGAAUUUACUUCAACUCUAUCUUUCACCAGUGUAUCUCAAAUCCACAACGGUAACUACACUUGUAUUGCAUCUAAUCCUGUCGCAUCAAGAAACUACACUACAACGAUGCUUGUUAAAGUACCACCAAAAUGGAAAUCCGAACCUUCCGAUAAAUCUGUAGUUAUGGGACAAGCUGUUAUGUUUGAUUGCCAAGCGAUUGGUUAUCCAGACCCGGUGAUUCGCUGGAAAAAGACACCAGAAGGAUCCAAGAGUCAGUUUCAAGUGAUCAUUAGCAACGAAAAUGUUCAAAUCCUGGAAAAUGGUUCCUUGAUCAUCAAAGAGGCUUCGAAAGACGACAGUGGACAUUACAUGUGCCAAGCCACUAAUGAUGUGGGAUCGGGUUUGAGUACCGUAGUGCAUCUUAAAGUGCACGUUGCUGCUCAUUUUAAAGACAAAUUUAAGGCAUUCACACUUACAAAGGGUCAAAGUGCUUUAUUAAAUUGUCGGGCAAUUGGAGAAAAGCCUUUGACAAUAAGCUGGCAAAAAGACAGACAUCCCUUCAAUCCAUCUUUUGAACCGAGGUAUGCUUUUGAAGAAAGAAUUUAUUCAGAAGGUAUGGAAGCUACAAUUAAAAUAUCAGGAGCUACUAGAAAAGACUCAUCCUUAUUUACUUGCAUUGCUCAAAAUACGUAUGGCAAGGAUGACACUAACUUUCAAAUCGUCGUUCAAGAACCACCAGACCGUCCUCCAAGUGUCGAUGCUACUACUAAGGGAAGUCGUUCCAUAUCUAUCACGUGGUCCCCACCUUAUAGUGGAAAUAGCCUGUUGACAAAAUAUGCGAUUGAAUACAAAACGACAAAAGAGCCUUGGUCGUCUGCGAAGCAAGUACUGGUUGAUGCAACAGACACUGUCUAUUCUCUUCAAGGACUUCAUCCUCACACAUCUUAUCAAAUUCGAGUUAAUGCGGCAAAUGCUAUUGGAACUGGUGACUUUAGUGAUCCACUUACGGUAGUGACGGAAGGAGAAGCUCCAAGUGGACCGCCAAGAGAAAUCAGGGCCAUUGCUACAGGUUCAAAAACCAUACAAGUUACUUGGAAACCUCCGUUGAAAGAGGAAAGCUUUUCACCCAUAGAUGGAUAUUACGUCGGCUAUAAGGGACGUACAAAUGAACAAUAUUCUUACAAAACUCUUGAAGUUUCCCAAAGUGGGCUUUUGGAAUGUGAAAUAACAGAUUUAAAUCAAAACUCAAAAUAUAAAGUUAUUGUUCAAGCCUUCAACAGCAAAGGAGCAGGACCACCUUCAGAAGAAUUCCUUGUUCAAACUUUAGAGUUUGACCCUCCCGGUGCUCCCGUGUUACGACUGGUAUCAUCUACAGCGUCUUCGAUUCAUUUAGCUUGGGAAUUAAAUGAUGAAAACAGAAAUCCAAUUGCUGGUUAUAUCCUGUUUCAAAAAUCUGAAUCAUCGGAUUGGGAAGAAGUGCAAUUAUCGGAAGAAAGGAUAAGCUACAUUUUCUACGGUUUGCAGUGCGGAAUGAGAUACCAAUUCUAUCUGGUAGCUUUCAACAUAGCUGGAAGAGGGCAACCGAGUGAUGUAAUUUCCGCGCGAACAGAAGGAACUGUUCCUGCUGCCCCAAAACGAGAAUCACUGCUAAGCACCAACUCAACGUUUGUUGUUAUCCAUUUGAACAGCUGGAAGAGUGGUGGCUGUCCCAUUAAUUUUUUUGUUGUUCAGUAUAAACCACUAAACCAACCGGAAUGGAUUUUAUUAUCGACGAAUGUGCUUCCGGAGCAAAGAACAGUGCCUAUUACAGAUUUGACUCCAGCAAGUCAUUACAUGCUUUUAAUGACGGCCCAUAGUGAUGCAGGCACAAUCGAAGCUGAAUACGAAUUUGCAACAUUGACAUUAACUGGAGGAACUGUUCCUCCAUUAUCAUCAGUUAGUGACAACGACCGGGAAUUAUUCCAGCAGUUAAAAAUUAUAAUACCUAUUGCGUGUACUACCAUAGUACUCGUAUUAAUAAUUACCGUAGCUUGUAUAGUCUUGAUUAGAAGGCGCCAUUCUUCAUCGGAAGAACCACAACAGGAAAGAGACAUCUCAAAGCCCGUUGAUACGGUGCCGAUGACAGUUUGGGAGAAAGCUGGUAGAGGCGACACCAGAAUCUCGCAUAGCAGAGAACAGCUUUACUUUCCGGCACCAUACGCCACCUCGCGGAUUUCCAUGUACUCUGCCGAUGGCGACUCAGAAGCAGCCCACCACCAACAACAGCUAUCUCACAAUACGUGGAGACCAGAAGAGCGGGAACACACGUAUGACGUUCCCUUCAUGCACAGACAGAAUAUCCUUGUCGACGAAGCGUCCCAUGGACAUGAAGGAAGAGAAAUUGGAUACCAGAUAGGAAGGCAUUUAUACUUGAAUCCCGCUGUUGUAGAGCUUCCUCCGGAUAGAACAUUGCAGACCCAUGACUUAGCUCUCAUUCGAGAAAUAGCAGAAGCUAAAGUUCAGUCAUAUUUGUACACAAAAUCACCAAGAAGAACUGAGGCAAGCCGGUCUAACAAGCAUCGUCAGAGAUCAAGAAGAGUCCGAAGAAACAUCAUACGAAGUGAAAUUAGGAAUGAAACGGAAGAGACUGUGUAUUAUAUCAGUGACGCAGAAACAUCUCCAAGUCCUGGAGACUCAUUCGAAUUUUCCGAAGCUGAAUGUGACAUGCAUUUGCGUCUGGCGAUGGAGGAGAGACCCGUUUGAUAGUUCCGACCCAUCAGUUAGUUCCUAUUGACAGGAAUCGCAAGAAGAGCUCAAUUAUCAUCUGCAAUGUUAAUG